AUGGACGAAGCAGAGAUAGGAGGAGAUGUGGCUGCAGAGAAGGGGAAGCCCGAACCCGGAGGCGAGUUGAUGUUAUUUGAUGACGGGUCCAUGACAGCGGACAAGGCACAAUCCAGUGCCAUGAGUUUGAUCAUCAACUACGCCGACCCGUCACUGGCUGCUGGCACUGCCGUGCUGGGCUUGGGCUUGGUGGUGCUUCCUUUCCUCAGCAAGCUGAACAAGCUCUCUUCGGAGGACACUUUCCGCUACCGAGCUCACGGUGAGAUGAACUCCAAGCAGCAGAUGCGGAUAUUUACCGAGGCAGAGCUUCGUCAGAGAUUGGGGUCCUUGGAUGUGGAAUCGGUUGCCAGUGAGAUCACCAUGAGCACAAACGAGCUGGACGAGCAUAUGGAGACUUCCAGCAUGGAAGAGACAGACGACGAGGUCAGCAGAAUACAGAAGUGGCGCGACUCUGUGAAUGCCAACUUGAAGAGCUUGCAGAAGCGCUCCGCUCUGGCUUUCUUGGGCUUACCCCCAGAUUCCAGCAUGAAUGACAUCAAUGCCAUGUACAAGAAGAUGGCGUUAGAGCUUCAUCCGGACAAAGGAAAGCACAUCAAGAAGUCCAAUGCACAACCUGCUUUGAACAUUCUGCGCCUGUUUGUCGACCGGUUCGUGGCCAACGAGAUCAAGACCUUGCGUCAUGACGACACCCGCGGGGCGGAAGCAAAGUUGAGGAAGUUCCUGAAGCAGGGGGCAGAGAUUUUGUCGGUAGCUGCUUUAGCCGAUGUGCAAGCCACCCUGUCGACCUUGGCGAUGCACUUCAACUACCGCCUUAUCGCUCGAAGCGGCUCGCCGGACAUCAAGAACAAGUGUGCUGCUUUGCUAGAAGCUGUUGGUGAAGUUCCUCAGCUCGCAGAGCAGUUCGUGCAGCAGAUGGAGGCUGACCUGGCCGAUCAGAAGGAUCGUGACCGUCGUCGCAAGGAGCGGAUGGCCGCAGAGCAGCGCGAGCGUGAGGCACGCGGGGACUUCAGCGGCGAUGCUGGGAGCAAAGAUACCAAGCAGGAAGCCAAGCAAGAGGCGAAGCAGGAGCCGAAAGAUCAGAAGGACCAGAAGAAGGAGGCAAACGGUGGGUAUCCGGAAACCAAGGCGCCAGAGGCCACGAAGAAGCCGGAUCCCUUUGCGGAUUUUGAUUUCGCAGAGACCAAGAAGCCACAGGCAGCGACGGCAAAAGCAGCUCCGAAAUCCGAGGCGGUCGUAGCCAAGAAGGAGGAUGACCGCGGGGCCAUCCAGGCAGCAGUGAAGCAAAAGAGAACAUCGUGGGAUGCGGCAUUUGACCACCCCUAUGCCGGAGCGCUCAAGUCCAACGGGACAGGAAUCUACUGCAGACCGUGCCAAAGAUGGAUCGUCACCUACGAGUACAACACGGAAGUGUUCUGCACCCACGUCGAGCGAGUACAUCCGAAGCCUCCGCCCGGUUGGUCCGUUUAG